UCUCAUACACGCUCCGUCUGUCAAACAGACACACGUUCGAGCCAGGGCUCUCGGGAACUGGAUCUUCUGGUUCAGCCUACUUCCCUCCCUUCUCCGGGACGCAAUGGGGGAUCCGAUGACAUCACUGGCUGAGCUCUCCCCUUGCUCUCUCCCCUUGUAACUUCUGUUCUGGGAAGUGGUGCCAGGAAUAACCCAGUCCGUCUGCAGAUCAGAGAGGCUCCUAUUAUCCAGCAAGGAGGAAAAAUACAAACACUCGCACACGCAACCGACAACUGCGGCCUCUCGGCCUCUGUCCUUUAAGGCUGAUAUAUUUAUAGACAUACCUACACAUACGAAUAUAUGCGUGUGCGGGUGUAUAUGUAUUUGUAUAUUGUGCGAGAAAGACAGCGCGCGUAGGUAUUUUUAUUUUAUUUAAUCGAGGAGAAUAAAAGGAGAAAACGAUGAUCGAUUUGAACAGAAACAUAUGAAUUCAGAUACCCGUUGGCUUGUGGAAUACCUGUCGCUAUAUAAAGCAAAGCUGCAAGGCACCUCACUCCAGACUCAGACUUAGUAAGGGCGCAACAAGAAAUGACACGCGAUGCAGAAGGCUUUCCUUCUCGUUGACUCCCAGAAAAUAAGUUACUGUUUUCCUGGAUACUGGUGAAAAUUGCAUUGGACAGCAAACACAGAAUGCUAAUUUGGAGACAGGAAGAGAGAAUAAAUACCUCACUUCUCCCUGAGUCCUGUUUGGGAUAAAUCAGCUUGAUGUCACCACUGAAUAUUUCUGCAAAGGGCUGUUAAACUAGGGCAAGCAGAACCGCCAGCAUUUACACACUGGAGAGAAACGUGCAGAAGAUUAUAAAGAGCCAUUUUGAACUGGAUUUAUGAACCAAAUAGUUUUACUUAGGACCAUUAUUCACUUGCAUCUCAGAUACCAACAGAGGAACCUUCACGAUUUAUCAUGUAUAAUAGAUGCCAACAAGAUGAAGGCAGCUGGAUCUUCUGGAAGACGUUGUAUGGAACUCUGCUUUAGUAGAUAAGUAAAUAGAUCUCCCUGGUUCAUUCUUCAUCUGAACCUUUAUCAACCAUGAAUAACCUUCAGAGGUCUCACCAUGUCUUGACAGAUGUAAACUAAACUGUUCAGAGACAUUUCCUGCCAUGAACAGAACUGCUUGACAAUUACUUUUUAGCAUAGAACUACAAGAGAUCUGAUGCCUGUAGUACGACUAUAUGGAAAGUUUUCACAGAGGAAGAGACGUCUGUGAAGUUAGAACAGCUGUGGAAAAAUGGGAGCACCUGAAUUUUAAAAAGCACAGCACUGGAUACACUUCAUGUGCCUGUACAGCUUUCAAGUGAACUAGUACCUAAGACCUUUGGUGACAAAAUGGACUCUGGAGAUAUAGCUGUAGGGCAAAAUGCUACCUCAAGAACCGGAGAAGCAGCAAAAGUAUCAAGCAGAUGGAGGCAGGAGCAUUCAGCAAAUGUGAAGAUGGAUAGCCUGGAAGGUCAGGCACAGAUCGAUCCAGAACACAUGGGAAGCCCUGCGUCGUCUCAGCUCUUUUGUUCUGGGAAAGGGAUGUCACCAAACAAUGCAACCCAACAAAUCGCAGACAAGCAAUACCCUCAGCAGCUUCCAAGUCCAUACUCCUGUCCACACUCGCUUUCAUUUCCACAGCCAUCGUUGCCACAAGGUUUCUUGCACAAUCUGAAGCCGCGACAGAGCCUGGAAGGCCAUAAAUGGCAAUUUUCUGGCCCUCUGCAGCCAGUUGCCUCUGAGGACUUGUUUCCUUUUCACGUGCAUGGCCAUAGUGGAAGUUUCUCCAGAAAGAAAGUGUCCAAUCUUAACCCUGCUUAUAGCCAGUACUCUCAGAAAUGUAUAGAGCAAUCUUCAGAAGAUGGUUAUAAGAAAGAACAUAAACCCAAAAAGCCUGGCAAAUACAUUUGCCCUUACUGUAGCAGGGCUUGUGCCAAACCUAGUGUACUUAAAAAACAUAUAAGGUCCCAUACGGGGGAACGACCCUACCCUUGUGUCCCUUGUGGUUUUUCAUUUAAGACAAAAAGCAAUUUAUACAAGCACAGGAAAUCCCAUGCCCAUGCAAUUAAAGCAGGCUUAGUACCUUUCACAGAAUCUGCUGUAUCUAAGUUGGACCUAGAGAGCAGUUUCAUUGAUGUGGAAGCAGAGAUACAUUCAGAUGGGGAGCAGAGUACAGAUACAGAUGAAGAGACAUCGUUACUUGUUGAAAGUGCUGACAAACUGAGCCCAGUUCCACAGAUUCCAUUGGACAUUGCAAGCAGAAGUGGCUUUCAUGCAUCCAUAGAAGAAUCCUUGGGAGGCCCAAUGAAAGUCCCUAUUUUAAUUAUUCCCAGAAGUGGGGUGUCAUUCCCAUGUGAAAGCUCCCUGCAUGUUGGGACUGACAAUCUGCAGAAUCCAUUAAAUACGAAGUCUGAUGACUCUCACACAGUUAAGCAACGCCUUGCAUUGAGACUGUCUGAGAAGAAAGGACAAGAUUCUGACCAGUCAUUAAAUCUACUGAGCCCACAUAGCAAAGGAAGCACUGACUCUGGUUAUUUUUCACGCUCGGAAAGCGCGGAACAACAGAUAAGUCCACCAAAUACCAAUGUGAAAUCUUAUGAAGAAAUCAUUUUUGGAAAAUUCUAUAGGAUUAAUCAAAGGACUGCACAACCAUUAGCGACAGCCAAUCAAGAUUGUAAUUCAAUGGGUAGAAAAGGCAAGAUGGAGCCUCUUAUAAAUCCUAGAUUAGACAUUAACUUGUCUGAAGAGAGAAUGUCUCCAAAUAAUGAAGCACUAAUUGACUCUGGCAACAUGAGCACUAUGAAAAAUAGCCAGGUUUUUGAUGACAGCAGUUUAGAAUCCAAACAGUUGCAAAUUGUUACAUCAUCCAUCAAAAAUGAAUCAGGCUUUUAUCCAGGAAGUCAUCUGGGUGAUGCAUCUCUGCUUCUGGAACCUUCAGCAGAUACAAAUCCCCUGAUUAGAAGCAACUCCAUGCCUACAUCAUCUGCAACUAAUUUGAAUGUCCCAUCAUCUUUAAGAGGAAGCCAUUCAUUUGAUGAGAGAAUGACGGGUUCAGAUGAUGUAUUUUAUCCUGAAACUAUAGGAAUACCCCAUCAACGAAUGUUAAUAAGACAGGCAGCCUUUGAACUUCCUUCAUUGCAGGAAGGACACUCGGAUUCGGAGUAUCAUGGACGAAUGGGGAAGAACAUUAUGGUUGCUUCCGUUAGAUCACCUGUUGGAGAAAAAGGGCUAGGCAUGAGAGAAAAGAAAUUGCCCGCAGGGGAGAGACAUAUGUAUGAGGGUGACUCUUCUGGAAAGCACUAUAGAAAGUGGGAAGACUAUGGGAUUCUGAAGCAAAGCUUCAGUGGGUCAAAACCAAGUGGGGAAUUCUAUACUGAAUCGCCUACACAGUUACAGGCAAUGUCUUCCACAUACGGCAUUGUAUUUGAAAAUCGAAAGCGUAGGAUCCAAAAAAGUGUUGGAGAUGAGGAAGACACACCAUCAUUAUGCAGUGGCGUUAGUGGCAAUUCCAUGACCGGUGAUUUUGACCCUAAAUUGCAAAUCCAGGAUGGACCAAGGAGUAGCUAUGCCAUACAAAGCCAUGAUAGCGCUGCUAGUUGUCAUUCAGAGCGGUUUGAGAUGUGUAGACCCCAUUUACAGUCAUGCAGUCCAGCCACUAGUUUAGAAGAAUGCUCUCCGGCUACUGAUCUAGAAAAAGCUGCAGAAUCUCUGAGCAGAAAAGGGAAUGUAAUUUCUGUGAUUCAGCAUACAAAUUCAUUGAGUCGGCCCAAUUCGUUUGAAAGAUCUGAAUCUACAGAGCUUGUUACUUGCCAGCAAGAGAAAAGCUAUUUGACAUCUGAAAGUUGUGAAAGUGAGGUUGUGGAAUUCCCCAUGAGCCCAGAGAGAGUUCAGCAGACAGAAAAUGCCGAUGUUGCUAGCAAACAGCCUUCUCCGCUGCAGCCUUUUCAGACAUACAUGCAGCCGAGGCUGGUUCGUCAGCAUAAUAUACAAGUCCCUGAAAUCCGUGUCACCGAGGAGCCGGAUAAGCCUGAAAAAGAGAGAGAGGUCCCAGUGAAAGAGCAAGAAAAGCCCGCAGAAGAAUUCCAGUGGCCCCAAAGAAGUGAAACCUUGUCCCAGCUCCCAGCCGAAAAGCUACCGCCUAAGAAGAAACGUUUGCGUCUUGCUGACAUGGAGCAUUCCUCUGGAGAGUCUAGCUUUGAAUCCACAGGAACUAGCCUUUCUCGCAGCCCUAGCCAAGAGAGUAAUCUGUCUCACAGUUCAAGUUUUUCAAUGUCUUUUGAACGGGAGGAGUGUGUCAGGUUCAUAACAUCGACCAAACAGGAUGAAUUGGUCAAACAACCUGAAUUUUUGACUGUCCCAGCUGGUGCUUACUCUCUUUCUGUCCCUGGACAUCACCAACAGAAAGAAAUGAGACGGUGCUCAUCAGAACAGAUGCCCUGUCCUUAUCCUGCUGAAAUCCCUGAGAUACGAAGCAAAUCUUUUGAUUAUGGGAAUCUGUCUCAUGCUUCUGCAGCAGGAGCACCUCCAGUGGUUUUAUCUCCAGCGAGAGAAAGGAAGAAAUGCUUUUUAGUUCGCCAGGCUUCUUUCAGCGGCUCCCCAGAGAUUUCCCAGGCCGAUUCAAUUGUGGAACAAAAUAUAAAGCAAGAGCAAACAGAACAUGGACAUGCUGGUCUCCGGUCUUCCCAAACUCCUUGGUCUCAUUCUUCCUUUUCCCUUCCUUCAGAUGACUCCGGGAAGCAAGCUACUGGUUCUUGUUCUCCACGAAGCACUAGUUUAUCACCACUUUCCCACCUCUCAGUCCCCCAAGCACCUUAUAUUCUAAGCAAAUACUCAGCAGAACAACAGCAUCUAUUUGCACUGCAAGAAAAAGUUCCCUUUUUUCCUGUCCACAGUACUAUACUGCAGUUCCCCUACCCAUCUGUCUGCAUGGUUCACUUGCCAUCUCAGCCUUUGUGGCCUUCAGAAAUUUCACAGACUCCCUUUCCACAUCACUUUGUACAGCAGCUUCAAAAAUCUUAUUGUAAGCAACCUUUCCCAAUGGAAAGUCACCCAGGCUGCCAUUUGGAAUAUGCUCAAAAGCAUAUUCGAAAGAAACCUGAUUAUGUAUGUACUAAAGAGCAACCUUACCAGCGUUACUCAGGAACAUCUGGGCAGUAUUCUAAAAAUGCACUUGCAACUUACCAGCCAGAUUGUAGCAUUAAAUCAACUGAUACCUCUUCUGAACAGCAGCUACAAGUGAAUUUUGAAACCCAGAAUAUUGAACCUGUUCACUCAUUACCGGGUACCAUUGUUCCUGUUAGAAUCCAGACCCAUGUGCCGUCCUAUGGCAGUGUGAUGUACACAAGCAUUUCCCAGAUUCUUGCUCAAAGCAGUAGCCCUGCUAUUGUCAUCUGCAAAGUAGAUGAGACUCUUUCUCAAAGGACAUUAGCAACAAGCUCACCCAUGCAUGGAAUAGGGUUUAACAUAGCACAGAUGUUAAACCAACAUGGAGGGCUGGAAAAAUAUCCCUUGUGGAAAGUACCACAAACUCUGUCACUCAACUUAGACUCUUCUAUCCCAUUAUGUUUGACCUCCAGUUCAGAUACUGCCUCUACUCUAGGUGGAAACAAGCGUAUGCUUUCACCAGCAAGUAGCUUGGAGCUCUUUAUGGAGACCAAACAACAAAAGAGAGUCAAAGAAGAAAAAAUGUAUGGACAGAUUGUUGAGGAACUAAGUGCUGUAGAACUCACUAGUUCAGAUAUAAAGAAAAGUUUUUCCAGACCACAAAAGCCCCAGCUGGUUAGGCAGAGUUGUACCACUGAGUCAAAAGAAAAGGGGCAGUCUCCUUUGCUCUAUUCUCCAUUAUCAUCAUCAUCAUCUCAAGACCUGCCAGCUACCAAACCAUCUCCCGCUGAGUCUUCUCCGUUAAACAAGGAGAAGCUUCCCAAUUUUGAUUCUGCUUCACCUGGGCAAAAAUCUAGUGGCACUUCUGAAGGCCGGGAGUCCCCGGAAGAACUGGAUGUGGAUGAAACAUCAUCAGAUAUGUGCCUAAGCCCACAGAGAUCUUUGGUAUCUUCAGGAGAAAGUCAGAUGGAAGACCAAUCCAAACCACAAAAAUUGCCAUUUGGUAUGCUGGUACAAAUGGCAUCUCAACCAAGUGGGAAAGCAGUGACCUCAACAAUUCUCCUGACGGAUCUUGCUGACAUCCAGCAGAUUUUAAAAUUCCCUAGUUUGCGCACUACCACAACUGUGAGCUGGUGUUUCUUAAACUACACAAAACCCAGUUUUAUUCAACAAGCAACCCUAAAAUCAUCGGUUUAUGCUACAUGGUGCAUUAGUUCAUGUAACCCAAACCCAUCAGGACUGAGUACAAAGAUUACCCUUGCACUCCUACGCUCUAAGCAGAAAAGCAGCAGAGAAAUCUACACACUGUCUCCAAUGCAUAGGCCUGGAACAGGAAAGCUGACGUCAUCAAGUGCAUGGAAAGAGUUUGCUCAGAUGAAACAGGAGCCAUUUUUUGUAUUUGGCAGCAAGUUUGAAAAGAAAGUCGUGGGGAAUGUUAUCAAAGAACGAAUUAAAGGAGACAGCCAUGCUGAUAAAGAUAUUGUAGCCAAACAAACUGAGCCAGUGAGAAUUAAAAUUUUUGAAGGCGGAUAUAAAUCAAAUGAGGAUUACGUGUAUGUCAGGGGACGUGGACGUGGAAAGUAUAUUUGUGAAGAAUGUGGAAUCCGUUGCAAGAAACCCAGCAUGCUGAAGAAGCAUAUCCGGACUCAUACUGAUGUACGGCCUUAUAUAUGCAAGCUGUGUAAUUUUGCCUUCAAAACAAAAGGGAAUCUGACAAAGCAUAUGAAGUCAAAAGCGCACAUGAAAAAAUGCCUGGAGCUUGGGGUAUCAAUGACAUCAGUGGAUGAUGCAGAGACUGAAGAAGCAGAAAAUAUGGAAGAUAACCACCAAGAAAUUGAGAAGAACAACUUGACUGGCACAUCAGCUGACCAUCAGUUCUCUGAUGCUGAGGAGUCUGAUGGAGAAGAUGGAGAAGACAAUGAUGAGGAUGAUGAAGAUGAGGAUGAUUUUGAUGAUGCUCUCGGAGACGCCACACCCAAGACGAGAUCUCGAAGCACUAGUCCCCAGCCGCCCCGAUUUUCCUCAUUAUCUGUGAACACUGCUACCACAUCUUAUGGGGGCUCUCCUGAGAGUUCUGUAGGACAUUCCUCCUUGAUAAGUUAUUUGGUCACUUUACCUAGCAUUCAAGUUACUCACCUCUUAACAACAAGUGAUUCUUGUGAUGAUUCACCAAUGACAGAAUAUCAAAGGUUUUUCCAGAAUAAAAGUACAGAUUCUGAACCUGACAAAGACAGACUUGACAUACCUAGCUGCAUGGAUGAUGAUUACAUGAUUUCCUUGGAAUCCAACUCAUCUCCUAGAGAUCUUUCAUCAUCCAGCCAACAGUCAUCCCCUGGGUAUGAUUCCUCACCAUACAGAGAUAACUCACCAAAGAGAUAUUUAAUACCCAAAGGAGAUCUGUCACCUAGAAGGCAUCUAUCACCAAGAAGAGAGAUUUCACCUAUUAGACAUCUUUCACCAAGAAAGGAGGCUGUUCUAAGAAGAGAGUUAUCACCACGCAGAGAUGCUUCCCCAAGACGGCAUCUGUCACCACGGAGGCCAGUGUCUCCUGGAAAGGAUGCAUCUUCUCGAAGAGAACUGUCUCCACGAAGAGAGAGACGAUAUAUGGCCUCAAUUAGAGCAGCAUCACCCCGAAGAGGCUUAUACCAUAACCCAUCCUUGCCCUUGGGCCAGUAUAUACAGUCUGAAUCACUUCCUCUGGGACAUUCGAAUUCAAGAGCAGGAUUGUUGGAGGCACCAUAUUUCAACUUGCCUGGAGAAAAAGGCAUUCUGGAGCAUUGCAUCCCUAACCUGUUUCCUGAGGGCCCUACCGACUACGUCUUUAGUCAUCUUCCACUACACUCCCAGCAGCAACUUCGUGCGCCUAUCCCUAUGAUGCCUAUAGGGGGCAUCCAAAUUGUCCAUUCGCUACCUGCCGCUCUGUCCGGUUUACACGCUCCAUCCAUCUGGUCUCUCUCCAAAGAAAGUUCUGAGGAGAACCAGUGGGACUCUGGCACUCCUCCAAAGCAUCAGGAGAAACGUGCCCGUCCUCCCUCUUUGCGUACGAUGGCUCAGAGCAGUGCAUCGACUUCCGAGUUACUGUUGAUGAAAAAGAGCACUUCGGAGGAAGGUGUCAUGGAGGGGGAGCAGGAAGAAAACAUACAGACUUGUACAAAAGCCAUAGCCUCUCUCCGUAUUGCCACAGAGGAAAUCCUCCAUGGGACGGAGCAAACGGCAAGGGAUUCCGAGCUCUUUCGGAAACCCUUGGAAAGUGCACAUUUUAGCAUGGAACACUUUAGUGGCUCUGAGCCAGGCCAGAUCUGUGCCUCAGCCACCAACCCUGACUUGCACAGCGGUGAAAAGGACCUUUUUGGUACAUCACAGCAGACUGUAGUAUCUCAUUCCACCUUUUACAGCAAAAGCGGUGUGGAGGUCAGACCGUCAGUCUACUCGAGUAGGAAAGAUUCAAGCACACAGGAAAAGGAGAGAGUUGCCCUCUGAAAAAAAAAAAAAAGCAAACCACAGUAAUCUCCAAGGUGUGAAAACUUGUUGACUCCCCACGUCCCUUCCCCAGUGAUAGAAGGAAGUAUUUGAAUUUAUAGCAUGCUGGUUCUAAGUUACAGUAGUUUGCAGUAUAUAUACUUUUGUUGUAUCAAAAGAAUUGAGUAAAACUACAAGUCAUCAUGAGCCUGACCAAAAUGAAAUUUCAAAAUUCUUAUUGGGUCUGGUACUUUUAACCUGUACAGGUGUUUGUGCCUUUUCUUUACUUUUGCUUAUAUUCUUAUAAGCAUUUUUUAGCAGUAAUUUGUACAUAUUUUAGAAUUUGUGUAUCUGCUUUGUAAUAAAUGUAAUUUCUUUCCCGUUUGGGACACUUUGACCUAAAUGAUGUAAAGCAAAAAACAAAAAAAGCAUCAAUAUAUAUGUGAGGUUGCACUAAAAUAUUUUUAUAUGAUUAAAAACUGAACAGCUUUUAUGUACAGCUCUGAUUCUGUAAUACUAAUAUUUAUUUACUUUGUUUCAUAAAUUGUACAUUUUUUCUUAAUGUUGCGGGUUGCUUUUUCUAUGUGAAGCAUGGGAUUUACUGUUGCAUUAUUAGAACAAAAAUGUAUAUUGUAAACAAGAUAUUUAAACUAGAGUAUCUUAUCUUAUUCUGCACUUAUGUAUUAGUUAAAAAAAAAUAAGAUAAAAGGAUGUAUCAGUCCAUUCUUUACUCUUGUAAUUUUUUUUUGUCUCUUGUUUGCUGGAUCAACUAUAACUUAAAAAGUGCUGAUUGUGAUUUUAAAGAGAUAGUACCGUAAAGCAUUAAAGUAAAACCAUGUGCUAUUGUGAGUUUUUUCAAAGCUUUAUAAAACAGUUAUAAAUAUAUUAAAAGUAUUUGGUCUUAUGUGAACAUGUUGCUAUAUGCUCCUUUAAAACGAAUAUGGGAAAACAUUCCACCCUGUGUAAAUAUAUGCAACUUCAAAAACUGGUGCAAUUUCAUAUCUAUUGUGCGAAUGCUUAAAGGGUUCUUCCCAUUUCUAGUGAGGGUCAGUGAACAGUGGGAUCUUGACUAGAAGACAAGCAAGAUUGGAUGAUAGGACAUCACAUAUCAGUAUUGAAGUGUCUUUAAAACAAGAGCAAAGAAAUCUGGCAUCCUUGGCCUUGAUUACAGAGGAAUCAAGCUUCUACUCCAGAUGAGAAAGCACAGGUUGGUCUGCACAGAGCUUAGAUAAUCGGCUGGCCCGUCAGCUUGGUAGUCAGUGCUGGGCACUGCAUGCAGGAGACAAAGCCAUGAAAAUGACAGAGGUGGGGGGGUGGGUUUCCAUACUGGUUGAGAGCAAAGAACUGAGUCAUAUUGCCAAGUUAUCUCACUUUGGAGGGGUAGGUUGGAAAGGGAAUGGAGAGAAAUAGUUCACAGCUAUUUGGGGCAGACAUUUUUCCUUGUGGGAAAAAAAUGUCUUUCGUAUUGACAGAUCUAUCUAAAAGAGGAAAGAUCAGCAGGCAAAAAUCAAGAUUUAGGGCAUUUAUAGCAUUCAGUUGUCUUGGGAGAAGUUUGGGAGGAACCAUUCCUUACAUGUUUAAAGGUAUGAAGGACGCCCCCAGAUAUACACACAUCUACCCAAGUCAAUGACAACAAAAGAACUGGGUUAUUUUCUGUGCUAUUUAGUGGAUUAUAAUUCUGUGAAAACACAUUUGUAUAUUGAAUUGCAAUACAUUUAAGGAGUGUUGUUUAAAAAGAAAUAAAUAUACAGUUACAUUACA